AUGAAUUAAUUGAAAUAGUUUACGUGUUAAGAUAUAGCACAUGAAAGUGAAGCCAUACAAGGGUUUUGUUUAAAUUUUGAAUGUUAAGAUGCAAGAUCUUAAUUCUGUCUUUAAUGUGGAUUUGAUCCAAAGAAACAUACUAAUUGCAAGAGAGAUCUAAAAGGAUUUGGUUAGAUUUAAAGUUUUAUCACUAAAUUCGAUUAGUAUAUACUUGAAUUAACUACUUAAUUGAAUAAAUCCUAUUAAUUAGUCAAAAUAAAAUAUGAAGAAUUCAUAAAAUAAUUGGAGAAAAUAAAAAUAUAAUUAUUAAAGAUAUCUGAAUAUUUAAGUUAACAAGAUUAUAAAUAAAUCAGAGACAAUUUAUUAAUAAUUAAGGAAUGCUAUCAAUUUUCAAAUAAUUAAGAGGAGAUCAUUAAGUAAAAUUAAAUUGGUAUUUUUACAUUAUUAAUAUUUAUAGGAACUUAAUUAAUUAGUAUAAAAAGAAUGAUUCAAGCUUUUGAUUUAGAUAAAGAAUAAUAAUAAAUUAAAGAUAUUAAACAAUUUAAUGAAAUUACACUUGAGUAAGGUAUUAGAUUUCUUUCAAAUUAUAUAUUAGGAAUAGAAUUAUUAAAUCAAAAGAAAUGGUAGGAGGCUAAUGAAAAAAUAAAUUAAUACUUAAAAUUAGUAGAAAAACAAAAAUCAUUUGCAACUUUCUUUUAAAGUACUUCUAAAAUAUUUAUAUAAUUAAGGUAUGGCUUUAAUUGAAAUGAAUCAACUAGCAAAAGGUAUAAAAAAGAGAGAAUAAGCUAGAUAGAUUAAUAGUAACCUAUAUACAGAUCUUUUGGAUUAUUCAAAUCUAGAACUAACAUAAAAUCCAUAAAAUUCAUUUGUUUUAAUUGCAAAAAGUUAAUGAAAUCAAUAAUUUCAAUAGGCUAUGCAUUAAAUGAAGAAAAGAAAUAUCAAGAAGCAAUUUAGUAAUGUGAAAAAGUUUUGAUAGAAGAACCUUAACAUCUACAUGCAUUAUAUAGAAAAAGUAAUCAUAUAUUAUGUACAACAGGCUUUUCUUUAUAUUCAUUGAAUUAAAAUUCAUAAGCAAUUUAGUGCAUUGAAAAUGCACUAAAUUAAGAUUACAAAUAUUCUAUUGGUUAUGUGUAGAAGGGUAGUUUACUAGUUUUAUAAUUUAAGGUUAUUCAUUAUAAAGACUAGGUAAAUAUAACGAUGCAAUUGAUUGUUAUGAUAACGCAAUCCAACUAGAUCCUAAUGAUACAAUAGCCUAUAUUAAUAAAGGUUAAUCAAUUUAUUUGAUAUUAAUAGGCAAUUCCUUAUAUGAUUUAAAAUAAUAUAACGAUGCUAUUGAUUGUUAUGAUAAAGCAAUCCAACUAGAUCCUAAUGAUGCAUUAGUAUAUUUCAAUAAAGGUUGAUCAAUUUAUUUGAUUUUAAUAGGCAAUUCCUUAGAUGAUUUAAAAUAAUAUAAUGAUGCUAUUGAUUGCUAUGAUAAAGCAAUCUAACUAGAUCCAAAUAAUGCAUCAGCCUAUAAUAAUAAAGGUUAAUCAAUUUAUUUGUUUUUAAUAGGCAAUUCCUUAGAUGAUUUAAAAUAAUAUAACGAUGCUAUUGAUUGUUAUGAUAAAGCAAUCCAACUAGAUCCUAAUGAUGCAUUAGUAUAUUUCAAUAAAGGUUAAUCAAUUUAUUUGAUUUUAAUAGGCAAUUCCUUAUAUGAUUUAAAAUAAUAUAACGAUGCAAUUGAUUGUUAUGAUAAAGCAAUCCAACUAGAUCCUAAUGAUACAAUAGCUUAUAUUAAUAAAGGUCAAUCAAUUUUUUGAUGUUAAUAGGAAAGUCCUUAAAAAAUCUAAAAAAAUAUAACGAUGCAAUUGAUUGCUAUGAUAAAACAAUUCAACUAGAUCCGAAUAAUGCAUCAGCCUAUAAUAAUAAAGGUUAAUCAAUUUAUUUGAUAUUAAUAGGCAAGUCCUUAAAAAAUCUAAAAAAAUAUAACGAUGCUAUUGAUUGCUAUGAUAAAGCAAUCCAACUAGAUCCUAAUGAUGCAUCAGCCUAUAUUAAUAAAGGUUAAUCAAUUUAUUUGAUAUUAUUAGGUUAUUUACUAAAGUAAUUGAAUAAAUAUUAAUAAGCCAUAGAUAAUUAUUAGCAAGCACUUUUUUAUUGCAAAUUAGAAUAAAAUAAGUUUAGACAAUUAAUUAAGGAAUUAAAAAAUAUGAAAUGA